UUAUUAGCUACGGUCACACUAAUAGCGACGGUCUGGCAUCUUGUCUGAAAAUUGUAUAUUAUUUUUCGUAAUUUUUAAUUGUUGAUUACUGAGAACUUUAAAAAUAUAUAUUUAAGUGCAUAUUACCGAAAGAGAAGAAAAUUGAUCAAGCAAUAUGACUCGCUAUCGUGAAUGGGAUUUGGCCUGUAAAGUGUAUGUUGGAAACCUAGGAUCAUCGGCAUCAAAAUAUGAGAUCGAAAACGCCUUUAGUAAAUAUGGCCCAUUGAAAAACGUAUGGAUAGCACGCAAUCCUCCUGGCUUUGCUUUUGUUGAGUUCGAAGAUCGCAGGGACGCCGAAGAUGCCACACGGGCACUUGAUGGAACCCGUUGCUGUGGCACUCGAAUCCGUGUAGAAAUGUCGUCAGGACGCUCCCGCGAUCGAGCUCGCCGUGGCGCUGGCGAAGGAGGUUCCAGUAGUGGAGGACGCAGCACUGGACGACUUAGGGUCAAUCCUUUGAGAAGAACUACUUCUACUCUACAAUUACCUCGUCCUUCAGCAACAAGAACAACAGAAACACCUUUACGAUUCUUCACAGCUCCUCUACCAUAAUCUUCACAAGCACAAAAUCAACCAACAAGUUUUUAAAUCAAAAUAAAACAAGCAUCGACGCUCCACAACUUCGGAUGUCUAUAUGAUACAAAAAUUUUAAAACCAGCAGCAAUAUCUUUGAACCUCAGCCGUGUACAUCAACAGCAACACGCGACCCAUACGUAGAUGUUACUUAAUUUCGUUUAAUUUAUCUGCCACCUGAGCUUCUA